GAUUACAUAGUCAGAAAUGUUAAAUCUAAACUCCGCUCGUUAUUAUUCUUGGCGGCUAUUUUCUUCUUCGCUAUUUCUGCCCUGCCGCUGCUAGACCUUCAUCUUCUUCACUCAACCAGAAGCUGGCUUCUUCUUCAACAUAUGGUUGGAGCCGUGAGACUGAGGAAAGAAGCCAGUCGAAUUCCUCACACUAUACUCUCACAGUAAUUUUAUCAAACACAUUGAAGACGUUCAGGCGAAACGUUUUGUGUUCUUGCCCCACAGCAAAUUACAUAGCUGGUAAGUUUUUGUACCAGUAAUUUCGCGAAUUUUGUGAAGUAUGACUACAGAAAAGUUCAAUCAGCUGCCCAGAAAAUCUUGAUUCGUGAUGGAAUGCUUAAAUUUUGCAAGGAGUGAACGCCUACUAGUUAAAAUCGUGUGUGGAAUUGUAGUCAAGGGCUAUUGGGAUAAACUCUUGAAACCAAAGAUUGGUUCAAGCGUGACAUCAUCUGUUAUAAACCAAGUAUUAUCUGAAUUUUCUGCAAACGGGUUCUUAAUUUCAUGGUCAUUCUUCAAAUGGGUCGAAACAAUCCCACACUACAAGCAUUCGUUGCAAUCUUAUUGGACUAUGAUUUGUACUCUCACGAAACAGAAACAUUUUAGGGCUGCUCAAGAUUUAGUCGAAAAGAUUGCAAGAAGAGAUUUUUUGUCGUCUCCAACUGUUUUGAAUGCCCUUAUGAAUAGUUACUGUGAUCCCGAUGUAAAUACUCAUGUUUUGAGCUGGUUGGUGAUAUUUUAUGCUAAUUCAAAGAUGAUUCCAGAGGCAGUUCAAGUUUUUGAGCAUAUGAGGGUAUCAGGAUAUAAGCCGAAUCAGCACGCUUGUACCGUGAUUCUGAAUUCAUUGGUGAAAGAGGGGCUCACUAAUUUGGUAUGGAAAGUGCAUAAGAAGAUGGUUAAAGUUGGGGUUUUUCCGAGUUUACAUGUUUAUAAUGUGUUGAUCCAUGCUUGUUGUAAGUCGAGGGAUGCAGAAAAGGCGGAGGAGUUAUUGAGUGAAAUGGAGGCGAACAACAUAUCACCUGAUAUUUUCACAUAUAAUACGUUGAUUGCAUUGUACUGCAAAAAGGGUAUGCAUUACGAGGCGUUGUCUGUUCAAGAUAGGAUGGAAAGAGGAGGCGUGUGUCCGGAUAUUGUUACUUACAAUUCACUUAUUUAUAGUUAUUGCAGAGAAGGCCGAAUGAGGGAGGCUUUGAGGCUGUUUAAGGAUAUUAAAGGUGCUGCGCCUAACCAUGUCACAUAUACUACCUUGAUUGAUGGUUAUUGCAGAGUUGGCGAUAUUGGCGAAGCCUUGCACUUGCGUGGUGAAAUGGAGGCCAACGGGCUGUAUCCUGGCGUAGUUACCUAUAAUGCACUCCUGCGGAAAUUAUGUGAAGAAGGCCGGAUGGGGGAUGCAAAUAAAAUAUUGAAUGAGAUGGGUGAUAGAAAAAUCGAAGCUGAUGUUGUGACUUGUAAUACAUUGAUUAAUGCUUAUUGCAAGAUAGGUGAUAUGAGAUCUGCUUUGAAAUUUAGAAAUAGGAUGUUGGAGUCGGGGCUGAGGCCUGAUCAGUUUACUUACAAGGCAUUGAUUCAUGGAUACUGCAAAUCGAAGGAGAUAAACAGCGCUAAAGAGAUGUUAUUUGAUAUGAUUAGGGCUGGGUUAUCUCCGAGUUAUUGCACAUAUACAUGGCUUGUGGAUUUCUACUGCAACAGAAAUGAUGAUGAGGCUAUUUUGGCAUUGCUUGAUGAAUUAGUGCAGGGGGGUAUCUGUGUUGACAUCACCGUGUAUCGAGCAAUGAUACGAAGAUUGUGUAAGAAAGAAAGAAUUGGUUGUGCAGAAAGAGUAUUCGGAGCUAUGCAGACGAGGGGGAUAUCAGGAGAUACUGUGAUCUACUCCAGUCUGGCUUAUGCACACUUCAGAGGUGGAGAUGCCGGUUCUGCUUCUGCAUUGCUAGAUGAAAUGUAUAAGAGGAGAUUGAUGGUGACGCUCAAAAUAUUCAGAAGUAUAAGUGCUUCGUAUGCACAAGAUGGGACCAACUUAGAUGUGUUUUGGAGUACUCUUACUGAGAGAGGUUUGAUUUCGAAGUCCAUAUACCAAAAGUUCCAGCAAGCCAAGUUAUAAUUUGGAUGAAAUGUCGGUUUAUAUCAACAAGUAGUCUCAAGCGCCUCACAUUUCUCAACGUUGAUGACAUUUUUCUAGCACCCUGGUUACGCCAUUGGUCCUAUCCCAUCAGGUAUGCUCAAACGACAGUUUUAGCAGAUUGAGUCACUCCCUUUAUCACUACAAAAUAUUUCUUGAAAAAAUUGCUUGGACAUGUUCAGAUAUCUAUCAUACAAAUGUUUGGUAUGUUACUUGACUUGAAUAUAUGACAAGUCUGUGAGAACUAUUUUCUUCCCUCUAUACGUUGUUUAUUCUGAAUUUCGUCAAGGACAAGUAUGAUAUUAGUUUGAGUCAUGAACACAAUCUUUUUGGUUGUAAAUGCAUCUUUCUUCAUAGUUGUUUUACAAGUUUUAUUUUAAGCAAAUUGAUAGUGAUCUAAACUCUUUGAAGUAUCAUAAUGUUGCUGCUGCUGCUCAACUCUCCAUAAUAUCGUAGGUCUAGCAAGUUGCUCUGACAAGAAAUUCCUGGUUUUGCAGAAAUGCGUGGUUCUGCUUUUCCAGAGAGAUCGACAAUGCUACCCUGCUGUAUAAAGGUUAAAUGCUCUCCGGUCUAGGUUUUAUGCAUUCUAGCAGGCUCCUCAUUUUCUUUGUUUGUUUGAUGCUCGAGUUUAGGGAAGGCCGUAUAUUUCUGCUCAUUAGUUGCACUAACUGUUUGGUUUGUUUCUCACAAAUUUUGUUCAGCAUAAAUGUGUUUUAUAUAUAUAUAUAUAUAUAUAUAUAUGUGUGUAUAAAAUCAAUUAUCCAAGAAGAUUUCAAAUUUGGCUGAAAUUAAAGAAGAAACGAUAUCCAGAUGUUGAAAGUAUCUUGCUUUACCUGAUAUGAGGCAAGCUUAUAUGUUACUCCAAACGAUGUCUAUUUUACCUUGGAAAUAAUGCAAGUUUCUCUGGGCAGGUAGUGAAGAUAACAGGCAUUUACUCUCCUUCAGUGGCAUAAGAGGGCACUGGCCCAUCGGGAGCCGACCUUUUCACUUUGUAAGUCUCUAUGCAGCUUGUCCUCAAAAGUUUGUUGCGAAAUAUUUGUAGAGCAUCAACUAUUUUAGUAGAGUCGUUGCUCGAGCAUGAAAUGAGCUUGAUGAAGAAGACGAACGUGGUCCUGGAGUUUGAUAUCGCAUAUUUGUGUGGUUGGUAAUGUAGUACUAGUUGCUGGCCUGUGGCCCUUAGGUUGUGAAUUUAGUGAUGAAGAUUGUUGGAACAAAUUCAGAAUUUUCUAAACCAAGUUAUAUGAAAUGGACUUGUGCCUGCCUGAUAA